CCCUUUAAAAAAAAUCUCUCUCCGUCAAGCCUGGCGUGGAGUUUUUUUUGUAUUAUUCUCUUCAAGGCACGAAUUUGCCAGUGACACCUCACGUGAACCUCCUUCAAUUUCGCGCACUAAUCCUAAAAGAAGGCAUGAAGUGUUAAAUGUUAGAAACACACAGAACCGCGUGCAGACAAGGAGAGAGAGGGCGAAAAACGAGAGAGCGACGCACGCGCUGUUCUAGUGCGUCUGUGCAAACACUGCGUUAAAGAGAGAGAGAGAGAAAAAAGAUCCAAUUUCAAAAACCAAAAACGUGCGCAGCACAAUUAGGCUAGAAAACCCCCUGUUUUUUCCACAUUUUUAAAAAAAUAAAAUAAAUAAAGAAAUCAAGCUGGCUCAGUGCGUGUCACCGCAGCCCGCUUUGACAGGUGCUGCUCAACCCGUUUGGAGGACUGCUGUCAGCAGCAGCAGCAAAAGGAUGGCAUCAGAACUGGCAAUGAGCAACUCCGACCUGCCCACCAGUCCCCUGGCCAUGGAAUAUGUUAAUGACUUCGAUCUGAUGAAGUUUGAAGUGAAAAAGGAGCCGGUGGAGCCGGAUCGCAGCAUCAGCCAGUGCAGCCGUCUGAUCACCGGGGGAUCCUUGUCUUCCACCCCGAUGAGCACGCCUUGCAGCUCGGUUCCCCCUUCCCCAAGCUUUUCGGCGCCCAGCCCGGGCUCCGGGAGCGAGCAGAAGGCUCACCUGGAGGAUUUUUACUGGAUGAGCGGCUACCAACAGCAGCUGAAUCCCGAAGCGCUGGGCUUCAGCCCCGAAGACGCGGUAGAGGCGCUGAUCAGCAGCAGCCACCAGCUCCAGUCCUUCGAUGGCUAUGCAAGAGGGCAGCAGUUUGCCGGGUCGGCCGGGGCAGGAGGCGGCAUGGCCGGGGAGGAGAUGGGCUCAGCAGCCGCUGUGGUAUCGGCUGUUAUCGCUGCAGCAGCAGCGCAGAACGGAGGUCCCCACCACCACCACCACCAUCACCACCACGCCGGGGGACACCACCCCUCCACCGGGGUCCCGUCCAACGCUAGCUCAGCGGGCAGCCACCAACACAUGGGACACCUGGACCUGGACGACCGGUUUUCGGACGACCAGCUGGUGACCAUGUCAGUACGGGAGCUGAACCGACACCUCCGCGGGGUCAGCAAAGAGGAGGUGAUCCGGCUGAAACAGAAGAGGAGGACCCUAAAGAACAGAGGCUAUGCCCAGUCAUGCCGCUACAAGCGGGUCCAGCAGAGACAUGUUCUGGAGGGUGAGAAGACGCAGCUGGUCCAGCAGGUGGACCACCUCAAGGCGGAGAUGUCGCGGCUGGCCAGGGAGAGGGACGCAUACAAGGACAAGUACGAGAAGCUCAUCACCAACGGCUUUCGAGAAAACGGAUCCAGCAGUGACAACACCCCCUCAUCCCCAGAGUUCUUCAUGACGUCGAGAAAGUUCCUCCAUCUGUGAUAGUGACCCCUGAACCCUGCCCCCUGACCCUUGACCUGGAGUCUGAGAAACCAUGACAGAGGAAUGGUGAUGUCUUACCAACGUCGCUCCAUGGCACCGGACUGCGAAAAAGCACAACGUCCACACAACGUCUCCAAACCACCCAUAAACCAACCAACAGUCCCUGUACAGAAGUCCAGACAGACCCAGUCACCCAACACUUUGUCUUUCAUGACGAGAUUAUUGACAGAAACAAAUUACAACAAAACCUAACACCCAAGAAAAAGACUUCAUGUUUGAUUCAACUACUAAAACUCCUGGAUUCCCUCUUCCUCUGGCAUCACCAGUAGCUACGGACGCAAUUCUGACUCAACAUGACAAAGAUACAGUACCUCCUCAUUGUAAAUAGCAUUUUGUAGAGUAUUCUAUGUAAUAAUAUGUAGGUUGGAGGUCUUUAACUGUAGAGGGGAGAAGUGAUGACAGUGAGUCCCAUUUAGCCCAUGAUGUGAAUGUAAAUAAUAUACAGUAGGGCCUCGUAUGAAACAAAACUACUGCGUCUGUAUAUAGCCACGAAACUAUACCUCUAUGUAUAUAGGCAUUACAUUAUACCUCCUUAUUUCUCCUACCCCUCUUCAAUCCCCCUAAACUAGCACAAUGAUACUCACCACUCCCUAUAUCUCUGUAGACAGACGUAGAAUAGAUAUAUACAGGAGGAGACUAGAGGCACAGAGGGAAGAUACACAGUGUGGGAUGCAGGUGGCAACACACUGGAGUGAAAAACACAGGCCCACUUUGGCUGGAACUGGUGAACUCUCCCUGCCACAAAGACGGUCAGAGGGGAUGUGUUGCCCCUCGGACCGUCUCUCUUCUCCUCUCCCUUUAGUGUUAAACUACCACAGUUCAACCUGUAGCCACAGUGUAGCUAUUAGAUCAGAUGAAUUUGUACAUGUAUUUUACUCCUUAGUGAUGUGACGGUCCAGUUCAAAGGUUUGGCAGCUUUCUACAGUCCACUCAAUGUACAAACGUGAUUGGUUUUCAUCUCCACUCCCUCCCCCUCCAUUCCUGAUUGGCUAGUCCUCCUCGCUCCUCUAGUCCUGAUGAGGCUGUUGAUAGUCAGUGGGAAUGUCCAUCAGACGGCCUGUUGGCCCGAAGGCCUCUCUGAGACCAGGCACUCGCUUAGCUCCCACAGGCUGGCUGCAGUGGCCUGUUCUUUGGGCUGGGGGGGAGGGUAGGCAGCAGAAUUAGUUGUUGAAGUACAUACCUCCGAAACCCUCCAGCUUCGGAGCUACUGCACAGUACACUGUGGUGGCUGACCCCUGUAGCUGUGAACUCACAGACAGAGAGAAAGAGUGAGAGAGAGAUACACACACAACAUGGAGGACCCUGAUCAACAUUAUCUUUGUGGGAGGAGAGGACCAUCAGAGAGAUACACAGAAACCCUCCCGUCUGCCAAGAGACAAAUGAGAUCCUGCCACUCUAAAGAUGCUGCCAAGACCUCCACCAGAAUAAACACACAUCUGGGCUCAGCGACCCCCCCCCACCAUCUUUCCUGCAUGACCCCAGAGCAUCUGUACGAGACAGAGGAGGAACUCCAUACAAAUGGAGAGAGACAGAUAGAGAUAUCGAGAGGAUAAACCCCAGAGACACCCCUCUCUGCCACAGCCCAUAAUGAUGGGACAGUGUUACCAUGGGGACCAUGGCCCUGUAUAUAUAUUUAUAUACAUAUAUUUAUUUCUAUAUUGUGUGUGAACAGGACUGCUAACUAUCCAGAGUGCAUGCUGAUGUAUAUGUGGUAAAUACAAUGCUAACUGUCCACAAAACAGCACAAAUCUCUGCAAAAAAAAAAAAAUACUACAAUUUUAGAAUGCCACAAUCUCCAUGGGAUGGUGACAACUGUUCAUUCAAAUUUAAAGCAAACACACCAAAAUAUGUUGGACUUGCAAUCUCUAUAGCUGCAAUAUUUGGAUGUUAUUUUGUGGAGGUUUGCGCACCGCAAGGGCUGUUUUCUGGACAGAAGAUGUGACCCACGAGGUUCUAGACUGGGGAGGAGGGAGCAGCUCUUCUCAUUGCAGUGGAGAGCCAGAGGGUUCUAUAAAUAGACUGUAUAAGAGAACAUACAGUAUAUAUGUGAUGAUUACACAUCUGUUUAUGUUCACAUCAUCUAGGGAUUCAUGAGGGAAGUCAGACAUUUGGCUUUUAUUUCAGAGGUUUGCCAGGGUAAAGAGAGGUAUACACCCCUUAAGAGUAAUAUGUUUAGAAUAGUGCUCUUGUAAACACACACACACACACACACACACACACACACACACACACACACACACACACACACACACACACACACACACACACACACACACACACACACACACACACACACACACACACA